AUGUUCUCCACCCGCCUGUUCGUCUCCGCCGCCCUGGUCGCCGUGUUGUUCGUGUGUCAGUGCAAGGGAGUUCCUGUCGCGAAGCCGGAAGAUGGGGCGUUGAUCACGGUGGGAGCCGAGACGACGGCCUUGAUUCCGACCAGCUCGAACUCGACGGAGAUCGACACUCUCAGCGAGGUCGACGCAACCGGAGUCCGUGUCAAGCGCUCGGGAUGUGGAUGCUGCGGAUGUGGAGGCUGUUGCUGCCGCCCCUGUUGCUGCGGAUGCGGCUGCUGUGGAUGCGGAGGAUGCGGAUGCUGCGGAUGCGGAGGAGGACGCAAGAGGCGCUCGCUCCAGAACCUCCGUAUCGCCCACAUGAACCAGAUCGAGGGCAUCACCAAGGUCGAUCAGCCUGCCCUCCCCUCCGCCGCUGACUUUGUCGAUUCUGAGGAGUCCUCCCCCAUCGAGGCCACCGAGCAGCUGAAGAGCCAGACCACCAACCCCAUCAUCGCCAAGCUGGCCGCCUUCAGCCCCGCCCACCUGCUCACCAACCUGCACGACCAGUUCAAGCAGGCCGUCCGGCAGUUGGUCUUG